AUGAGCUGGAAUGAUGAAGGCAGUGAGCAAAUGGGGCGUUGGCAGCAGCCCAGCGUUCAUCCCACAGACCGGAUGAUUAACCCGAACUGCAACGUGUCUAAUUUAAGGGAUGGGAUUGGGACAGAUAUGCCAUGUACAGAAGAGCUCACAGUUGACGACGACGUGCGCAUGUCCAAGAUGUGCUUCUUAGUUGUUGUCAGCCAAUCAGCGUGCCCGCACCCCGGCUUUCCACGUUCCGUCGCGGGACGGGGGAUGACAUCGAUGACGCCCGUUAGUCAGGAUGACAGAAGGCUCGAAGGCGCCAUUUCCACAUCGGGCUACAACGUCUUCUCGCGUGCCUGUGCGCUCAUGUGCAUGACCUGCAUGUCAAAGCAAGUCGAGACCUCCAUGAGUAAACGGAUAUCAAGCCGGCCGCUUGCAAUGUCCGGGACAGAGCCGACUAUGGCCGCACACACCGGUCCGCAACUUUCCCUCGCAUCCCUUGAUGCCCGCCAAGAGCGCGCCCCUGAGCCUUUCAUCGAACACAAACAUGAGCGCGGGCCUCGCCAAUCGUUCAUCCUACCUCUGCACACCAUGGCUGCCGCUGCCACGCAGACCCUCUACCAAUAUUCCUGGUUCAGCCCGGGCUUCGCGCGCUACCGCCGCGCCGCGCUCAGGUCUUACGUGCUCUCCAACGUCGCGAACUGGAUCAUCAUGUGGAUCAGUCUCGCCGUCGUGUAUGGCGCGUACUUCAAGAACAACCAGCUCGGCAAGCUGCCGGUCUAUGUCGUCGACUUCGACGGCAGCACCCUUGGCGCGCAGGUCGUAGACGCGUUCAGGGCGUCCCUCGCGCAGCCGAAUCACUUUAAGCUGAUAUUUGACGCACCGUUCACGUCCAAUGCGGAGGUGCGACACGCCGUCUACGACGAAAAGGCCUGGGGCGCCGUGGUCGUGAACCGCGGAGCGACAGAUGCCCUGCAGUCCGCACUGGCAUCCGGAAACGCCAGCUACGACCCAGCAUCCGCGAUCGAGGUCAUCUCCGAGGGUGCACGGAACGCGCUUACGGCGAACAGCCAUGUCGUUCCGAAUAUUCUCGCUAUCCUCGCGCCCGUCGUCACGGCCGCAGCAGAAAACGCGACCGCCGCAUUCCUCUCUGCGCACACAGACGACCCUGCGGCGCUCCAGACGGCGCUACGCUGCCCACGGUGCCUCGCGACCGCGUACGCGUACACGCAGACGGACCUGCGCCCAGCGGACAAUGCCUCGGCGUUCGGCGCCGUGCUCAGCGGCGCGAUCGCGCUCAUCGUGUUCACGUUCACCGUCGCGGGCACGAGCAAUACGAUCGGCCUCGCCAUCGGCGAGCAUCUGAACAUCCCAUCCACCAUCGUCUGGAGGAUCCUAAAUUGUCUCGUCGCAUAUUUAUUCAUAUCGCUGUCCAUCACCGGCGUCCAGGCGGCCUUUGGCAUACCGGUGACCGUGCCGUUUGGCGGGCGGGGAUUUAUUAUUCUGUGGAUUUUGUCGGGCGUUGAAGAUGCUGACAUACUCGCCGUCCUGGCUAGGCUGAAUUUCCUGACUGUUUCCUCGUUUGGCUACGCACUCGAAGCGAUCGUGACCACAUUCGGCAUCUGGAUCAAUAAUUGGUUCCUCAACUUCUGGGUGUUCUGGAAUUCGGCGGCGGCGUCCUAUUCAGCCGAGUUGAUGCCAGGCUUUUAUUUGUACGACCUCGGGUUUCCGCUCGUGCACGCUAUCCAGGGCACGUCAACAAUCAUGUACGGGACCAAGAGCCACCUUGCUACCAACUUUGGUGUCCUCGCUGCUUGGACUGUCGGCUGGGCUGCAGCGAUGUCAGUCGCGACAAUCGUCAAAAAGCUCGUAUCGUCGCUCGUCGAGAUUACGGUAGUCAGCAUGUCAGCGGAGAAAGUGUGGUUAAUAUUGCGGGUGCCAAUACUAGUACAUAUAUAA